AUGUGCGAUGCUUUUCCUAGGGUCGAGGUGGGCGAAGCGGACUUCGUCGUGCUCUGUGAUGCGCUGAAGGUGUCGGAGAGCGUGAGGGAGAAAGCGUGGAAGACGUACGAGAGCUUGUCGGCAGCGGAUGGAGCUCUGGCUUGCAACACAAAGAAAAAGGAAACAUGGGGUGUAUGUAUCUUUAUUGUAGCAAUUGAUCUGGAUGAAGUGACAUUUACUUUCACUGAGCUUUUGAAAAGUAUAAACAUGAGUGUAUGCACAUUUUUUCAGUUUCUGAAAGAGGUGGAUGUUAACAUGGAUACUGUAAGCACUAAAGUUGAUAGCACUGUAUCAAGGCUGAAAAAGAAAUAUGAUGUAUUAUUUGCACUAUACCACAAGUUUGAAAGGACUUGUGGCCUUAUUUAUCUGGAACAACCUAGUAGUGAGAUUUCUGCUGAACUCAGUUCUGUAUUAGUCCUAAAAAAUUACUGGAUUACUUUUUUGCUGGCAAAAGGUAAAGUGUUGCAAGUGGAAGAUGACCUGGUGAUUUCUUUCCAGUUGUUGCUCUGUGUCUUAGAUUAUUUUAUCAAACUGUCACCUCCUGCUAUGCUCAAGGAACCAUACAAGUCUUCUGUGUCGCCAGUGACUGUAAAUGGUUCAGCUCGCACUCCAAGAAGAGGUCAGAACAGGAGUUCACGUACUGCAAGGCAGCUUGAUACCGACACAAAAAUUAUCGAAAUCCUUUGUAAAGAGCAUGAUUGUAAUUUAGAUGAGGUCAAAAAUGUGUAUUUCACAAGCUUCAUUCCUUUCUUGAAUUCUUCUGGUAUUGUAGCUUCAAAUGGACUACCAGAGGUUGAAGUUAUCUUGAAACAGUAUGACGAGCUCUAUCUCAAGAACAAAGAUAUAGAUGCGAGACUAUUUCUGAAUCAUGACGAGACUCUGCAGCCUGAUGUCAUUGCAUGCUCACAGUUGGAGAGGACACCACUAAAAAACAAUCCAGAUGAGGAAAUCAAUGUUAUACUUCCACAGACUCCUGUUCGAGCGGCAAUGAAUAACAUUCAGCAGUUGAUUAUGAUUUUAAACUCAGCAGCUGAUAAACCAUCAGAUAUUCUCAUCAAGUACUUCAAUAAUUGCACAGUGAACCCUAAGGAUAGCAUCCUGAAAAGAGUGGAAAGUUUUGACCACAUCUUCAAAAAGAAAUUUGCUGAAGCAGUUGGACAGGGAUGGGCUGAAAUUGGCUCACAGAGGUACAAGCUUGGAGUGCGUCUCUAUUACAGAGUAAUGGAGUCCAUGCUGAAGUCGGAGGAAGAGCGCCUCUCAGUGCAAAAUUUCAGCAAACUUCUGAAUGAUAACAUCUUCCACACAUCUCUUCUGGCAUGUGCUGUUGAGGUUGUCAUGGCUACCUAUGGCAGAAAUGCUUCACAAAGUGACAGUACCAGUGCUGAAACAGACUUGUCUUUCCCAUGGAUUCUGAAUGUAUUUGAUUUAAAAGCUUUUGACUUCUACAAGGUGAUUGAAAGCUUUAUUAGAGCGGAACCCAGCCUAACACGGGAAAUGAUAAAGCAUCUAGAACACUGUGAACAUCGAAUUAUGGAGUCUCUAGCUUGGCAAUCUGGGUCGCCUCUGUUUGAUCUUAUCAAGCAGUCAAAAGAGCGAGAAGGCCAAGCUGAUCAGCCUGAACCCCCUUCUACUCCCAAUAUGCCUUUCCAGCACAACCACACUGCUGCAGACCUCUAUCUUUCUCCUGUGAAAUCUCCUAAGAAGAAGGCAUCUGGACCUCCUCUAAGUGCUACUUCCCCUCCAGAUGUUCAGCCUGCUGUGACCCCCCAAACACAGAAACCGCAGAAAUCUACCUCCCUCUCUCUGUUCUACAAGAAAGUGUAUCUACUGGCCUAUCGUCGACUCCAUACCCUAUUCCUUCACCUGCUCUCCGACCAUCCUGACCUGGAACCCUUGAUCUGGACCCUCUUCCAGCACACACUGCAAAAUGAGUAUGAGCUAAUGAGAGACAGGCACCUGGACCAGAUCAUGAUGUGUUCCAUGUAUGGCAUAUGCAAAGUAAAGAAUGUAGAUCUUCGAUUUAAAAUGAUAGUUUCAGCAUACAAGGAGCUUUGCAACACAAAUCAAGAGACUUUCAAACGUGUUCUUAUCCGAGAAGAACAAUAUGACUCCAUCAUAGUCUUUUACAACUUAGUGUUUAUGCAGAAGCUGAAAACAAACAUUUUGCAGUAUGCUUCCAGCAGGCCUCCCACUCUGUCACCAAUCCCCCACAUCCCUCGCAGUCCUUACCAGUUCUCCAACUCUCCUCGGCGUGUCCCUGCUGGCAAUAACAUCUACAUCUCACCUCUGAAGAGCCCAUACAAAUUCUCCGAUGGGUUUCAGUCACCCACAAAGAUGACUCCAAGGUCUAGAAUUUUGGUGUCCAUUGGAGAAUCAUUUGGGACUUCUGAAAAGUUUCAAAAAAUAAACCAGAUGUUGUGCAACAGUGAGUGCCAGCUGAAGCGCAGUGCAGAAGUAGGAGCUGCUGCCCCGAAGCCACUGAAGAGGCUGCGCUUCGAUAUAGAGGGGACAGAUGAGGCAGAUGGAAGCAAACACCUACCCCAGGAGUCCAAGUUCCAACAAAAGCUUGCAGAAAUGACAUCUACUCGAACAAGAAUGCAAAAGCAGAAGCUGAAUGAUGGAAAUGAUACCUCAGCCAGUGAAGAAAAGUGAGAUUCUUCUCAGGACCAGGGGCUGCACUGCUGGCCCUCUUAAGAUUGUUUUUGUUUUACAGCCUUCAUUAAUAGAGUUGCUUUUUUAGUUGCUUUUUAUUCCAAACUGCUAGUUGAAAGCAUUUGUACUUUUUAAAUUGUUAAAUGUUUUCCAUGAUACUUUGCCUUAUGAUGUAGCAUAUAUACAAUGUAAGCCACUGAAUUUAAUUUAUAUAUUUUUUGAGGAUUUUUAAAAAGUCUUGGAAAGUGUCUAAAUUUCCUGUUGCAGCAUUACUGAUUUAAGCCAGUUCAGUCUUGUUGGAUUGAAUUUUUUAUGUCUAAAGAUGAAAUGUUAGCUAGAAUGAUUUGAAAUGCACUAAUUUUGUUUCUUAGAUUUGAUUAUUAGAUUUUCAUUACUUGCAAA